CAAAAACCAACCAACCACCAUCCGCAAAUAUUCCUGGCACGAAGGAUUGACCUGAGGAAUUAAUUUUGUUUUUUAAAAGGGCUUUUUGGAGGGGGGCACAAGGAGGCCAUCCAUUCUUUUCCCUCUCUUUUUACCCAUCAGCAGCAAAAAGGACACUUCAGUGCACUUGAGUGCUUGGAUGAAGAUUUUUCUUUUUGGAGGGAGGCAGUUUGGAAAAGAGUUUUGCUCACUCAGCUUCUAAGUGGUUCCUGCUUGGAACCUCUCUGUGUGUAAGAAAUAAAAGGGUGUUUGGAAGAGGGCUUUUUGGGGUGUGUGCGUUGAUGAGUUCAUAUUGAAGUUCAUCAUCUCACCUCCUAAAGUGUGCUUGUUUUUCACCCAUCUCUUUGGGGAAGAAAAAAAAAUAGGGAAGAAGAUAUAUACAUAUCCCCCUCCAUUAUCAACAUCAUUCCUGCCCUCUUCCAAAAAAAUCAAAUUUAGCAACUGGAAAUCCCAUCUGGAAGAAAAUACGCGCCUGGGUUUCCCUCCACUUCGAUGUUGAGGAUUUUAAAGGAGGAUCCUUGGAGCUCUUGAGGGAACUUGGAAGACUCCGCUUAAACUCUUUCCCCCCACCUCCAGCAGGAAGAAGGGGGAAAUUGUAUUUGGGGAAGGGGAGGUUGGCCAGUCAAGGAUAACACCACCUUCUUGGGACAAACCACCACCUCCUGGAGACCAGAAAGUUUCUAUUCCUACUCCCCUUCCAAUGGCUUGAUUUUUUUAUUAUUAUUUCUGGAGUGGAAAGAGAAGCAAAAACGACCUUUUUGCAUCUCCAACUCUUGAGAAGAAACGAGGAAAGGACUUCGCACCGUCUCUUCUCUAUCUCCGCCCCCCCUCCCGGUCUUUUCUUCACUCUAUAAAUCCGGUGUGACGAGGCGGGGGGGAAAGGCGCAAGAGAAAUUCCUGGAUUAUUUCCCACACACCCUACAGUCAUUGGAUUAUUUGUGUAUCUUCAUUCUGCCCCCACCCCACCCGCGUUUGCAGAUUGAAGAUCGUAAAUCUUUCUAUUUUUGCAAUCCCUUUGGAUCAAGUACCCCCAAUCUUUCUCCCCCGCCGCCGCCUUUUGCCCAGGAGGCUGCGAAAGCUGAUCCCUCUCCACGAAGAUUUUUCUCUUGCACUUUUUUUUUUAAAAUUGCCUCUUCCUUCCUUUUAACCUCCCCGGGUUAUUUAUUCCUUUGCCUUACUUGUGCGCUUUACCUCCCCUUGUAUCUCCUCUCCCCGCAAUGUGUGUGUGAUUCUUUUUUUUAAAGGGGGGAGGGAAAGGGCCGUUUUCCCUCGGUUGUGUUUCUCCCUCCCCUCUCGGUCGGCGUGUGUGUGUCUCUCGCUCGCUCGCUCUGUCUGUCUCUUUUCUUUCUUGUCGGAGGCUGUGGGAUAAUGGCGUGUGGGUUGUGGCUGUGAGGAUGAGUUCCUGCUUCGUGCCGAACGGGGCCAGCCUUGAGGAUUGCCAUUCCAACCUAUUCUGUCUGGCUGAUUUAACAGGGAUUAAAUGGAAACGCUACGUAUGGCAGGGUCCAACAUCUGCACCAAUCCUGUUCCCAGUGACCGAAGAAGACCCUAUCCUAAGCAGCUACAGUCGUUGCCUCAAAGCUGACGUCUUGAGUGUGUGGCGGCGAGACCAGAGGCCUGGGCGCAGAGAAUUGUGGAUAUUCUGGUGGGGCGAUGACCCCAAUUUUACUGACCUAAUUCAUCAUGACCUAACAGAUGAGGAAGACGGUGUAUGGGAGAAUGGGCUUUCCUAUGAAUGUCGCACUCUGCUAUUCAAAGCAAUUCACAACCUGGUGGAAAGAUGUCUAAUGAACCGGAACUUUGUGCGCAUCGGGAAAUGGUUUGUGAAGCCUUACGAGAAAGAUGAGAAACCUAUAAAUAAAAGCGAACAUUUGUCCUGCUCCUUCACUUUCUUCUUGCACGGGGACAGCAAUGUUUGUACCAGCGUGGAAAUCAACCAGCACCAACCUGUGUACUUUGUUAGUGAAGAACAUCUCACCUUGGCCCAGCAGUCUAACAGCCCUUUUCAAGUUAUUCUAAGUCCCUUUGGAUUAAAUGGUACACUCACUGGACAGUCGUUCAAGUUGUCUGAUUCAGCUACGAAAAAACUGAUUGGGGAAUGGAAACAGUUCUAUCCUAUCACAUCCAACCUGAAGGAGGGAUUGGAGGAAAAGCAAGAAGAAAUGGAUUGGGAAGAUGACUCUCUCGCUGCUGUGGAAGUCCUUGUUGCUGGUGUACGGAUGGUCUACCCAGCAUGCUUUGUUUUAGUUCCUCAGACAGACAUUCCUGUUCCUAGCACUGCUGGGUCAAGCAACUGCUUGGGUGUCCAUCAAGUGCCUGCUUCCACAAGAGAUCCCGCCAUGUCCUCGGUCACUCUGACUCCGCCUACGUCCCCAGAAGAGGUUCAAACAGUUGAUACUCGUUCAGCCCAGAAGUGGGUGAAGCUCCCUUCUAUUUCUGACAUAUUCAGCUCCGAAAGCAUUAGUCACCAUGGGGGCAAAAUCCCUCGGAAGCUGGCCAAUCAAGUGGUUGACAGAGUCUGGCAAGAAUGCAAUAUGAACAGAGCGCUGACCAAGAGGAAGUAUUCUGCUACAUCAAAUGGCGUGUGUGAAGAUGAGACAGUUGACAAAAUGUCAUUUUGGGAGUUUGUUGAAGCCACGCAGAGGACAAAUUGCACUUGCUCAAGGUACAAAAGUCUCAAGCCAAGACUUGCAAUUCAGCAGGGGCCAGUGCCUCCUGUGGGCCAGCAACAGCAAGCAGCUCCAAAGCACAAGGCAAAUGAGAAGCAAGAGAAAGGAGAUAAGCCCCAGAAACGUCCUUUGACCCCAUUUCACCAUCGUGUUUCCAUCACUGAUGACAUUGCCAUGGAGGCGGACUCGGCCAAUCAGAGGCUUGUGAUUACCACGUCCGAUAACCAAGUGAGGUUUUCAAAUCUCAGAACUAAUGAUGUAGCAAAGACUCCUCAGAUGCAUGGCACUGAAAUGGCAAAUUCUCCCCAGCCGCCUCCCCUUAGUCCUCACCCGUGUGAUGUUGCUGAUGAAGGGGCAACUAAAACUCCUUCCACUCCCCAGAGCCAGCAUUUCUAUCAGAUGCCAACUCCAGAUCCUUUAGUUCCUUCAAAAACAAUGGAAGACAGGAUAGAGGGAUUGUCUCAGACUUUCCCAGCUCAAUUCCCAGAAGUUAUAGAGCCCACAAUGUAUGUUGGUGCAGCAGUGAACUUGGAAGAAGAAGAUGCAGAUUCUACGUGGAAGUAUUACAAGGUUCCAAAGAAAAAGGAUGCGAAUUUCUUGCCACCACAGCUCCCAAGUGAAAAGUUUAAGGAUGACCCUAUGGGAAUUGCAGGGUCAGACAACUUACCUUCAGCUACAGAGUUAAUGGUGCAAUGUAGAAAACCUUUAAAAGUCUCUGAUGAAUUGGUGCAGCAGUACCAGAGCAAGAACCAGUAUCUAGCAGCAAUAGUAGCUGACCAGGAACCUGAAAUGGAUCCGUAUGCAUUUGUUGAUGGAGAUGAAGAAUUCCCCUUUCCUGAUAAAAAGGACAGGCAGAACAGUGAGCGAGAAGCUGGGAAAAAGCACAAGGCUGAAGAUGGGACACCUAAUGUUGGAGAAGAUGCGAUGUCACUUUUUAGCCCCUCUGUCAAACAAGCAAUAGAUGCCCAGCGUAUUCCCCCUCACAAUCGCACAGCGUCAACUAGUUUGUUUCAUGAAAAUGACUUGGUUGUCUCUUACACCGACCUUGACAAUCUCUUCAACUCUGAUGAAGACGAGCUAACACCUGGAUCUAAAAGAAUGUUGAAUGGAGCAGAUGACAAAUCCAACUGCAAAGAGUCAAAAGCAGGAAACUUGGACCCUUUGUCAUGCAUAAGCACUGCAGAUCUUCAUAAAAUGUACCCAACACCACCAUCCUUGGAGCAACACAUUAUGGGGUUUUCUCCCAUGAAUAUGAACAACAAGGAAUAUGGCAGCAUGGACACCACGCCUGGAGGGACUGUCUUAGAAGGAAAUGGUGCUACUGCUGGCGUUCAGUUCAGGAUUGAAGUCGAUGAGGGAUUCUGUAGCCCCAAACCCUCAGAAAUAAAGGAUUAUUCCUACGUUUAUAAGCCUGAGAACAGCCAAGCUUUUGUGGGGUGUUCCAUGUUUGCACCAUUGAAGACUCUACCAAGCCAGUGUCUCCAGCCCAUCAAGCUGCCGGAGGAGUGUGUUUACCGGCAGAGCUGGACUGUUGGCAAGCUGGAAUUGCUUCCUCCGGGGCCUGCAAUGCCAUUCAUCAAAGAAGGUGACGGGAGCACUAUUGAUCAAGAAUAUGGCCCUGCCUACACUCCACAAACACAUACGCCCUUUGGAAUGCCACCCAGCAGUGCCCCACCCAGUAACAGUGGGCCUGGCAUUCUCCCUUCACCUUCCACCCCCCGUUUCCCAACUCCUCGGACACCAAGGACUCCAAGGACUCCCCGUGGGGCUGGUGGGCCAGCUAGUGCUCAAGGCUCAGUCAAAUAUGAGAAUUCGGACUUGUAUUCACCAGCGUCAACGCCAUCAACCUGCAGACCGCUAAAUUCUGUUGAGCCUCCCACUGUUCCUUCUAUCCCUGAGGCCCACAGUCUCUAUGUAAACCUCAUCCUCUCUGAAUCGGUGAUGAAUCUUUUCAAAGACUGUAACUUUGACAGCUGUUGCAUUUGCGUCUGCAACACAAACAUCAAAGGUGCCGAUGUUGGAGUUUACAUUCCAGAUCCAACACAAGAAGCCCAGUACAGGUGUACCUGUGGCUUCAGCGCAGUGAUGAAUAGGAAGUUUGGCAACAACUCUGGAUUAUUCCUAGAGGAUGAGUUGGACAUCCUAGGCCGCAGCUCGGAAUGUGGCAAAGAUGUGGAGAAGCGCUUUGAGGCUCUCCGCACGGGCUCUGCUGAGCAUGGCGGGGGAUCGAAGGAGGCUGACAGGCUGCCUGAUGAGCUGAUACUCUUGCUGCAAGACCAGUGCACCAACUUGUUCUCGCCAUUUGGAGCGGCUGACCACGAUCCCUUGCCAAAAGCUGGAGCCGUCGUCAACCUAGUACGCGCUGAGGAAAGGGAUUGUUGUAAUGACUGCUACCUUGCGUUGGAACAUGGGCGCCAGUUUAUGGACAACAUGUCGGGGGGGAAAGUUGAUGAAGCACUUGUGAAGAGUACUUGCUUGCACCAUUGGUCAAAACAAAAUGUUGGAGACGUGAGCAUGCAAUGUUCUCAGGACAUCCUUCGCAUGCUGCUCUCACUUCAGCCUGUCCUCCAAGAUGCAAUUCAGAAAAAACGAACUGUUCGCUCUUGGGGAGUGCAGGGUCCUCUCACGUGGCAGCAGUUUCACAAAAUGGCUGGCCGAGGCACUUACGGAACAGAUGAGUCUCCAGAACCACUGCCCAUUCCAACUUUUUUGUUGGGAUACGAUUACGACUUCCUGGUGCUGUCCCCAUUUGCCUUACCAUACUGGGAGAGGCUGAUGUUGGAACCCUAUGGAUCUCAAAGAGACAUUGCUUACGUUGUGGUGUGUCCAGAGAACGAAGCGCUGCUGAACGGAGCAAAGACCUUCUUUCGGGAUCUCACAGCAAUAUAUGAGUCCUGCAGGCUUGGCCAGCAUCGACCCAUCUGUAAACUGUUGCCUGAUGGGAUCAUGAGAGUCGGAUCUGCUGCUUCAACCAAACUUUCUGAGAAGUCUGUCGCUGAGUGGUUCUCCCAGGCAGCUCACGCCAACAGUGAAUCGUUUUCUAGACUCAAACUGUAUGCCCAAGUCUGCAGAUAUGAUUUGGGUCCUUACCUUGCUACACAGCCAUUGGACAAUUCCUUGCUUUCUCAGUCCAGCCUAGUUCCUCCCACCAGCCAUCCUACAUCUGUCCCGCCUCAGGUUGCAGGCAGCUCUACUCCAUCAUCCACCCCUUCGUCUGCUCCCAGUAAUGCUGUCCCAAUGAACUCAAACAGUGCCAUCACCUCUGCCACUACCACGGCCAGUUCCACCAUGACCACGACUGCCACUUCAUCUUCCUCUUCCAGUUCAGCCGGUGGGAUUUCAGCGAACAAACCAUCAUCCUUUCCACCUUUUGGCAGCAUGAACAACACUACUCCUUCCUCCCUCUCCACGCAGUCUGCAACAGUCCAGAAUGGGCAGGCGGGGACGCAGCAGCAACAGCAGCCAUCUGCAGCAAUACCGGGGGAAGCCCCAUCAGUCCCUCCGCAGCCGCACUCAGAAGUUUCAGAGAGCACUAUGGACCGUGACAAAGUGGGAGUCCCCACUGAUGGCGAUUCCCACGCAGUCACCUACCCACCUGCCAUCGUAGUUUACAUUAUUGACCCUUUCUCGUAUGAGAAGAAAGAGGAGGGCAACUCCUCCAGCGUGUGGACUCUGGGUCUUCUCCGUUGCUUUCUUGAAAUGAUCCAAAAUCUCCCUCCUAACAUCAGAAACAUAGUUUCUGUUCAGCUUGUUCCUUGUCAAUAUCUGUUACAACCAGUCAAGAAUGAAGACAGGCAGAUCUACACUCAGCACCUAAAAUCGCUGGCAUUCUCUGCCUUCACGCAAUGCCGGAGGCCACUCCCAACGUCGACCAAUGUGAAAACAUUAACUGGGUUUGGCCCAGGUUUGGCAAUGGAGAUGGCGCUCAGGAGUCCAGAAAGACCAGAGUGUAUUAAGCUAUAUGCCCCUCCUUUCAUAUUGGCUCCUGUCAAAGAUAAACAGACAGAGCUGGGAGAAACCUUUGGAGAGGCUGGGCAGAAAUACAAUGUGCUUUUCGUGGGCUACUGUCUCUCUCAUGAUCAAAGGUGGCUUCUUGCAUCGUGCACAGAUUUAUAUGGAGAACUAUUGGAAACCUGCAUUAUCAACAUUGAUGUACCUAACAGGGCUCGUAGGAAAAAGGGGUCUGCUCGCAGACUUGGUCUUCAGAAACUCUGGGAAUGGUGCCUGGGGCUUGUGCAGAUGAGUUCGUUGCCUUGGAGAGUUGUAAUAGGACGUCUUGGAAGAAUAGGCCACGGGGAACUAAAAGAUUGGAGUUGUUUGCUGAGUCGCCGAAAUCUGCAGUCACUUAGCAAGAGGCUGAAAGACAUGUGCAGGAUGUGUGGCAUCUCCACUGCCGAUUCUCCCAGCAUUCUCAGCGCCUGCUUAGUGGCAGUAGAACCGCAGGGAUCCUUUGUCAUCAUGCCAGAUUCUGUAUCAACUGGCUCAGUGUUUGGGCGCAGCACCACCCUAAAUAUGCAGACGUCCCAACUAAACACCCCACAGGAUACGUCGUGCACUCAUAUACUUGUGUUUCCCACGUCUGCAUCUGUGCAAGUAGCAUCAUCAACUUAUACCACUGAAACUGGUUUGGAUCUGGCCUUUAAUACAAACAAUGAUGGAGCAGAUGGAAUGGGGCUCUUUGAUUUGUUAGACACUGGAGAUCCCGAUAUUGAUCCUGAUAUUAUAAACAUCCUCCCUGCAUCCCCUACCGGGUCCCCUGUGCACUCACCAAGUUCCCACUUCACCCAUGGAGGUGACAUGGGCAAGGGUCAAGGUACAGAUCGCUUGCUCUCAACGGAGUCUCACGACGAAGUCACCAACAUCCUACAGCAACCGCUGGCCCUUGGUUACUUUGUCUCAACUGCCAAAGCAGGUCCGUUGCCUGACUGGUUUUGGUCGGCGUGUCCUCAAGCACAAAAUCAGUGUCCCCUGUUUCUUAAGGCUUCUCUGCACCUCCAUGUGCCUUCAGUGCAAUCGGACGAGCUACUUCACAGUAAACACUCCCACCCUCUUGACUCGAAUCAAACUUCCGAUGUCCUCAGGUUUGUGUUGGAACAGUACAACGCACUUUCCUGGCUAACCUGUGAUCCUGCGACCCAGGACCGGCGGUCGUGUCUCCCAGUUCACUUUGUGGUGCUGAAUCAGUUGUAUAACUUUAUCAUGAAUAUGCUGUGAUCUUUAUCUGAACUGGGCAAGGAGAAGAAAAACACAACAACCAGAGCAACAACAAAAAGGGAAAGGAUUAUUUCGCUGCAGGACUAAGUUAAUUAUUCUCUGUGCAAGUCAUUUUUUUGUGAUUUGAGGGAGGGGAAUGUCAUUUUUGGUCACUUCCAGCAACUAUUUGGUUUUGACUUGCGGUGGGGACUGUAUAACCCAGGUGUUUAAUUCUCCAUCUGCCCCCUGCUUUCGUUGGUGUUUUGCCGAUACCAGACUGAUUGGAGUGGUGAAUUGAUCAGUCGAAAUGUAUUAUAACACAUCUUUUUAGUAGCAAAGUAACCAUUCUCUCUCUCCCCCAACCCCACCCUGUCACAGUAUUUGUGAAGAGUAUAUGAGCCAUAGGCCCCAGCCAUGUUUAAUGAAUAUUUUAAAAAGUACGAGCAUGGAGACAAUAAGAAGACAAACGAGGAAGG